CUUUUCCCGAAGACGUUGAUUCUGACCCAGUUAUGAUCCCGCUGUUCUACAUCUGAAUCAUACAUAAGGUGGGUAUGGCAGCCAACAGCAGAUUCUUCAGCACUCGACGGUGGAUUCGUGAUUCGUAUCAUUGAACGCAUAUGUGAGACUCAACGCAAUGAGCGCGCUCAGGAGUCUAUGCUCCGUUAAGCCUUACCGAUGAUAUCACCCUUACCACCACGACGUAUGAAUAACAAGCAUAAUGAUUGCUACAAUGACUCCGGAGCCCGCCCGGAAAUAUGGAGAUGACAGAAACAUCGGGGCACGGUACCCAAACACUCGGCCCUGCCUUGGUGCUAGAAGCUGGAUGGGCUCCACGCAUGGCGAAGAUCAAGAUAAACUAUGGAAUCGGUGAUGAGGCUGCAUUGGCUUUUAUAGGCCCGGCCGCCUUCAUUAUUAACUGGUUGCGCGUUACACUAUUGUCGUUCUUCCUACUCUGAUCUCUUCAUUCAUACUUAGACAUGUCUCAACCGACCAAUACGCUCCGUGAACAAAGCCAUCAAUCUGGCAGCGAGCCAGUCCAGAGUCCUGGUAGUGCAACUCACCAUCGACUCGCUAGACCGGCUUUGAACUUGCACAGGGGCCAAAAUUUCAGUUCAUUUGCUGCGAGUGCCUAUACCGCUGGCCGGAGAGACCGUGACCAGCAAUCACACCAAGGGACUCUGACAAGCCAACCUGAUACUCAACGUCUCAGCUGGAUUGAUGAUGAGUAUAUAAAACAAAACCCUUGGCACGACAAAAGCAAGGACAAGCCUGUGUUUAGCUUGGGUGGUCCCUUGCCACAUAUAGCGCGUGGAUCAAAGAAGCACAAAAACGGACGAGGCCUCACAAAUGAGGAGCUUGCUGAAAGAGGCGAGCUACAAUCAGAUAAGUCGGGGUCAGAGCAACACCUGAGGAGUCCAUCGACCCAACCAAUCAACCGAGAUCAGGGCGCCAGGACGACUGUUGCUGGCACAGACCACGGGGGCGGGCGGAAUGCUGGAGGCCAGCCUGUCUUUGACUACACCCACGGCCAGGGCUCGCAUAGCCCAUCAAACACCGACAACACACAACCGGAAUUCAAAAUCGACGGCGAACCUCUAGGCAAGCGAGAGCACGACGAUGUUGUGAAUGAAGAUAAAAACCCCGACGAGUACAGAAAUUGGUGGGCAAAGGUCCGAGCGAAGCACCCAGAGCCUCUUGCUGAGUUCCUAGCGACACUCGUUGCUAUUUUCCUAGGACUGUCGGGCACGCUGUCAGUCUUCCUUUCUCAGGACCAAGCGAUACCUUACGGAUCAUAUGAGACUUCUUGUUGGGCCUGGGGAUUUGCAUGGAUGUUUGGCGUGUAUCUCGGAGGCGGCGUCUCUGGUGCACACAUGAACCCUGCGAUAUCCAUUAGCCUGUCCGUAUUUCGUGGGUUUCCGUGGUUACAGUGCCUCAUUUACGUCAUAGUUCAGUUCAUUGCUGCGAUUGUGGCAGGAGCACUGGCAUACGGUGUCUUCUACGACACGAUGCACAAUGUGGAUCCUACACUUUUGCACUCUUCAAAAGCUUUCCUCUCGACACCUCAAACUUGGGUUUCGCCAGGGAAUGCGUUCUUGAACCAGUCUGUGGGCUCUGCUAUCAUGAUGAUCGUUGUCUUUGCCCUUGGCGACGACCAAAACAAUCCACCUGGUGCCGGAAUGCACGCUUUUGUACUUGGUCUUCUUGUCUCUGUUCUCAAGAUGACACUCGGAUUUAACAUCGGCUCCGCGCUCAACCCAGCUUCAGAUUUCGGACCCAGGGUCAUUGCGUAUGCCAUCGGUUAUCGCGAGGCCAACGUCUUCUCUGAUCCUUGGUGGUUCUACGGCCCGUGGGCCGCAACGCUGGUUGGAUCAUUGGUUGGAUGCGUGAUCUAUGACACCUUUAUUUUUGUUGGAUCUGAGAGUCCUGUAAACUAUAAAUACCCACCUACGAUACGGAAGAAGAUUCAACAGAAGGGCAGUCAGGUGUUGGACAAGCUGGGCAGCUCAUGAGCAAAAAUGGACAGAAAUUUAAUGUUGUAUAUCAUCUCCGAAUUUCUAUGUGCUAGAAACGCAUAAACUUCCAAAGAUUUAUCGAAGCAUAACGAUUUGACUAAGGAAAACAACAGAAGCUGUAGGGGUACAGCUCAGAACAACAGAAUGCUGAAUAAGUGAUCAAGUCUAGCAGCAAGUGUAGGCAGACCUGGGG